GGCUCGGGGGGCGCAUCCGCGGGGCACAGCAGCGCUGACACAGGGCGGGGACCGCACCCGCCCCAGCCCCAGCGCCACCCUGUCCUCUUGCAGGAGGGUCGAGCCCCGGGGAGCUGAUCCUCGUCCCGGCGGAUGAAUGGCGACGGCGGACGACCUCAAAUUCCAAGAGUUUGACGAUGCAGCUAAUUUGCUUGCAGCAAAUCCUGAUGCCACCACCAUAAGCAUCGACGAGCCAGUCGAAAUCCCCAAGAAUCAGCACAGCCACCUGCAGGAGCCAGGGAGGGAAGAGGAUGAUGAGUUAUUGGGCACUGAUGACUCCGAUAAAACAGAGCUGCUUGCAGGACAGAAGAAAAGUGCCCCUUUCUGGACUUUUGAGUACUACCAGACCUUCUUCGAUGUGGACACAUACCAGGUCCUGGACAGAAUCAAAGGAUCAGUGUUCCCAGUCCCUGGGAAGAACUUUGUAAGGCUGUAUAUCCGCAGCAAUCCCGACCUUUAUGGUCCAUUUUGGAUAUGUGCUACACUCGUGUUCACCAUUGCUGUUAGUGGCAAUCUCUCAAAUUUCUUCAUCCAUCUGGGCAAACCAACGUACCACUACGUGCCUGAGUUUAGAAAAGUGUCCAUAGCAGCUACAACGAUUUAUGCAUAUGCUUGGCUUGUUCCCCUCGCUCUCUGGGGAUUCCUGAUGUGGAGGAACAGUAAAGUCAUGAACAUUGUCUCCUACUCCUUCCUGGAGAUAGUGUGUGUGUAUGGCUACUCCCUCUUCGUUUACAUUCCCACAGCGAUCUUGUGGAUCAUCCCCCAGAAGGUGGUGCGCUGGGUGCUGAUGGUGUUCUCGCUGUGCCUCUCGGGCUCCGUGCUGGUGAUGACCUUCUGGCCCGCCGUCCGCGACGACAACCGCCGCGUCGCCGUGGCCACCGUGGCCACCAUCCUGCUGCUGCACGCCCUGCUGGCUGUUGGAUGCUUGGCAUACUUUUUUGAUGCCCCUGAACUGGAGAUUUCUGCGCCUAUUAUUCCUGCACCUAUUAUUCCUGCUCACAAUGGAACAACAGUAAUAACAAAGAGUCACUAAAUAAGAUGACAGCACCAGUUUCUCCAUCUAGACAGUAGUUCUAUUUUAGAUUAUUUUUUCACUGAAGACCUUGGAAAUGUCAAGGACAAGGGAUGCAUUUUGCAGCAGGAUGGACAGCGAUGUCCCAUGGACAUACGGACAUCUCCAUGUUCCAGGGGGAGAGUGAACCAGUGAUCCCUGUCUAGAGCAGAAAGGAGUUGCUUUUGUUUGGUUGGGAUUAUUUUAUGUUUUGUUUUCGCUUUUUGGGGGGGUUGUUUUGUUUUUCUUUAAUUCUAUCCUCGCCCCACUGUUUUGCUUCUGAAUAAAGCCUUCUGAAGGCGAUGUGAUUUGUACUUUUUGUGCACAAAGCAUCUUAACGCUCUGGAGCUGUGGGGAGGGUUUGGUCCAAGGCCUGGUGUUGUGACAGGACUGGACCUCCUUUGAGGUGGGUCUGUGCCGCCAAUGAGGCUUUCAAAGUGUAAAUAAACAGACGUAACGUGA